GAGAAAAGAGCCAGUACCUUCCUCAGAAAGCUGCUGAAGACAAGGGUUGCAGGAUGUUUGUGCUGGUGAUGAUCUGUCUGUUCUGCCAAUAUUGGGGUGUCCUUAAUGAGCUUGAAGAAGAAGAUCGUGGACUACUGUGUUAUAAAUGUAAGAAAUAUCAUCUUGGGUUAUGCUAUGGAAUCAUGACAUCCUGCGUACCAAAUCAUAGACAGACCUGCGCUGCUGAGAACUUUUACAUACUCACAAAAAAAGGGCAGAGUAUGUAUCAUUAUUCAAGACUGUCAUGUAUGACCAACUGUGAGGACAUCAACUUCCUGAGUUUUGAAAGGAGGACAGAGCUCAUUUGUUGUAAGCACAGUAACUAUUGCAACCUCCCAAUGGGACUCUAGUUCUGAAUUUAUUAUGGAUUUGGUAUCAUUCUUCAACUUACUACCAACUCUCUUUCCUCCAAAGUUUGUAUUUACUCUCCCCUCCUAACUUACUAAAAAUUGGAAAAUCAUUUGUCAGUGAAAAGAGAAGCAGUCAUAUGAGAAACUGGCUGGGAGCUCAGCCUCAUUGCUAAGCAAAUCUUUGCAAAUUCUUUUUGUCAUAUCUAGCAGGGCAUUUUGAUCUGUGGACAAUACUGCCCAUCAUGAGUAGGUCCAGAAUUGAUCAUCUCAUAUACCAAGCCACAAGAUUUUGGCUCAAAAUGACAUCCCAACUUUGUACAGGGAAAUCUGUAAAUAUACUGUGUUGGUCUGCACCAAGUCUUCUGAGUUAAGAUUUUGUUUGGACUAGCUCUGAGAAUUCUUGGCACAGUACUUAUGGAUUCAGGAGGUAAGAGAGUGUUAAUCCCAGCUUCCCAAUUUGCUAAUGAUCUGAGACUUUUUUUUUGGCAAAUCUCAUGGGAGAAAUAUGAGAGGUGAGAAAAAUCUGGAUAAGCACAGAUAUUAAACAACAAAAUUAGAAAUGUAUGGAAAUUUUCAUUGAUGCAGAGACAGUGUGAUGCAUCUGGAUCUGAUUGUAUUGAGGCUGUGGUUCAAUCAGGUGAUUGGAUUAGGGGUUCAGGCCUUGUUCAAAAGUGAUUACUCAAUAUUCUGAUGAACGUGAAGAAAAAAAACUGGAUUUCUAUAGUAGUUAAAGGUAACAGAAUAUGUAAAGAUAGCAUGAGCUAUCAUGUACUAGUUUCCUUUAUGUUGCUGUGAUAAAACACUUUGACCAAUACCAACUGAGGGUAGGAAAGGGUUUAUCUAGUUUAUACUUCUAGAUAACAGUUCAUCAUGGAGUGCAGUCAGGACAGGAACUCAAGGUAGGAACCUGGAGGCAGGACUCAUAGAGGGACAAUGCUUGUCACAGGCUUAUGCUUAGCUUGCUUUCUCAUACAAUACAGGACCAACUGUCUUGAAAUGGUACUAUCAACAGUGGUCUGGACCCUCUUAUGUCAAUAAGAAUAAUCAAGAUUGUUCUCCACAGACACGUCCACGAGGCAAUUUGAUCUAGACAACUUCUUUUUUGUUUUUAUUUAUUUAUAUUUAUUUGGUUUUAUUAAUUUACUUUAUAUCCUGACUAUAGUUCCUGGCCUUCCAGUUCCCCCUCCCCCCAUUCACUCCUCCUCCAUUUAUCUUCAGAAAAUAUGUAUCUACCACUUAUGAAGUUGUAGUAAGACUUUGCACAUCCUCUCUUAUUGAGGCCAAGACAAGACAGGCAGUAGGAGAAAAGGGUCCCAAAGGCAGGUGACAGAAUCAGAGAUAUCUCUAGGCAACUUUUUAAUUGAGGUCAUAUCCCUGUAGGUUGUGUCAAGUAGACAAGGUUAACAUGGUGACAUGAUAUGGUGUUUGGGUAAUACUGUGUGCCACAGUAGUUAAAGUUAUGAAGAGCAGAAAGUGUGACAGAAUAGAAAGGUAACAUUAGUAAGAGGGGAAACAUACAGUUAUUACAUGAUCAAGUACCAAGGUAUAAACAAAACCAGAACAGCACAGACACUGGAGCAUCACAUAUUGGGGCAAGAUAGGCAGACGGUAACCACGUUUCUCUGGUUUGGAAGCCUAUUGCAAUUCCUGUUUCUGGAUUCCUAUGAUCAUUCUCAACUAUAUUAAGCCACAUAAGAUUCUCCAAUGAACAAACUACUUCUCUAUUUGAAGAGUUAAAUGAACUUCCAUCUUUGUCUUGUAUCUGAGAAUGUCAUUUUUACUUCUUUUUGAGGAAUUCCCAAUUUGGACUCUUAGAACCGGGAUGG